AAAUCACUUUUAAGAAUGGAGGCAUUGACCCCAGAUUUAGAAGACUUUGAAAACUCCGGAGGUGCCUCGUCUCUGAGUUCUUCUUUGAUCUCUUCAACUGGUUUUUGUAUUAUUAUUGUGAGAGCAUCGGUUUUCUCUUCAGUUCGAAUCUCUGAAUCGAGGUUUGUGGAAAGAGAGAACUACCCAGAUCAAUCUUUUCCAGCCAAGUUCGUAUCGGUUAAGACUUACCCUCGUGAGAAUCUGAGCAAAAAUUUAUUUGCUCAUUAACGGAAUUCGAGUACUCUGGUGGGGCUUUGAUUUCUUCUAUAGGAAACCCAAUUUACCUGUGAUUGAUUGAAGGCACGAGUUAAUAUGGCUGGAGUGGGAGAUCAAUUAGAGAUCAAGUUUCGAUUGAACGAUGGAUCUGAUAUCGGUCCUAAAACCUUCCCGGCUGCCACAAGCAUCGCAACCUUGAAAGAAAGCAUUCUUGCACAAUGGCCAAGAGAAAAGGAGAAUGGUCCAAGAACAGUUAAGGACGUCAAGUUAAUAAGUGCAGGAAAAAUCUUAGAGAAUAACAGAACACUUAAUGAUUGCAGAAGCCCAUUAUAUGACAUUCCUGGAAGUGUGACAACCAUGCAUGUUGUAAUCCAACCACCAAGUUUGGAGAAAGAAAAGAAAGCUGGAGAUCAGUCAACACAAAACAAGUGUGUUUGUGUUAUACUAUAAACCGAACUCAUGGAAGUUCUCGACGCCAUUUUUGAGUGCAUAAAGAUAGCAAAAAUUUCCUUUAAAGUUCUGAUGCCAAUAACAGCCCCCGGAAUCGGUUGAAGAAGUUUAUUCUGGAGCUUUUGUUAUUGUUUUCACAGUAGUAAAAGUAAAAAAGAGAAGAAACAGACAGAGGUAGCAGCAAAGAUGGCGAAGACGAUGGGUAAAUUAUCGACACACGCCAGUCGUAGAUCCAUAGCAGUUGAAUGUCUGGUGGUGUAUUAUGAAGAGUUUUUGCCUUUUUCAUGAUCCAUUGUUUAGCUUCAUUUGUUGUUUUAGAUUGAUUUUGUGCAACUCUCUGCUAUCUCAAAAUGUUUGUGGUGAAAGAUUUAUAUACUUGAAGUUGCAGUUAGGCUUUUACUUCAUCUCCAAACUGUAUCUCCAUAUGGGUUUCAGGCCCCAACUUCAUGAUACUUCCCCUUCCAAAACAAGGAAUGAUAAUAUUUCUUUCA